GCCCCGUGCGCGCCAGGCGCCCAUCCGUGACCUUGGCCGCGGAGGAGGGGCUAGGCCUGCGGGGCGGCGGCCACCAGAGGGGGCUGCGGCUAAGAACUUAACUCGGCACCGCCCUCUCCAGCCUCCUCCUCGUCCGCCCCGCCCCGGCCCACCCCGGCCCGGCCCGCCGGGGACCGCAGCCCCGCGGGUUCCCGGACUUGCCGAACCCCAGUGCGGGGAUGGGCGCGCUGUUCCGAGCGCUUCUGCUCCCGCUGCUGGCGCAGUGGCUCUUGCGCGCUGCCCCCGCGCUGGCCCCGGCGCCCUUCACGUUGCCCCUUCAGGUGGCCGCGGCCACGAGCCACAGAGCCUCUGCCGUUCCGGGGCUCGGGACUCCCGAGUUGCCCCGUGCAGAUGGCCUGGCGCUCGCACUGGAGCCCGCAGGGGCUACCGCCAACUUUUUGGCUAUGGUGGACAACCUGCAGGGGGACUCUGGCCGCGGCUACUACCUGGAGAUGUUGAUCGGGACCCCGCCGCAGAAGCUGCAGAUUCUUGUGGACACGGGAAGCAGUAACUUCGCUGUGGCCGGUGCCCCGCAUUCCUACAUAGACUCCUACUUUGACUCUGGGAGAUCCAGCACGUACCACCCAAAGGGCUUUGAUGUCACUGUGAAGUAUACACAGGGCAGCUGGACUGGCUUCGUUGGAGAGGAUGUUGUCACCAUCCCAAAAGGCUUCAACAGCUCAUUCUUGGUCAAUAUUGCCACUAUUUUUGAGUCUGAGAAUUUCUUUUUGCCUGGGAUUAAAUGGAAUGGAAUUCUUGGACUUGCUUAUGCUGCUUUGGCCAAGCCAUCAAGCUCUCUGGAGACUUUCUUUGAUUCGUUGGUGGCACAAGCAAAUAUUCCAGACAUUUUCUCCAUGCAGAUGUGCGGCGCUGGAUUGCCAGUAGCUGGAUCUGGUACCAACGGAGGUAGUCUUGUCCUAGGUGGAAUUGAACCAAGUUUGUAUAAAGGAGAUAUCUGGUAUACCCCAAUUAAAGAGGAAUGGUACUAUCAGAUAGAGAUCCUGAAAUUGGAAAUCGGAGGCCAGAGCCUCAACCUGGACUGCAGAGAGUACAAUGCAGACAAGGCCAUCGUGGACAGCGGCACCACUCUCCUGCGUCUGCCCCAGAAGGUGUUCAACGCCGUAGUGGAAGCCGUGGCACGCACAUCCCUGAUUCCAGAGUUCUCUGAUGGCUUCUGGACGGGGGUCCAGCUGGCAUGCUGGACAAAUUCUGAAACGCCAUGGGCAUAUUUUCCUAAGAUUUCUAUCUACCUGAGAGAUGAGAACUCCAGUCGUUCCUUCCGAAUCACCAUUCUGCCUCAGCUCUACAUUCAGCCCAUGAUGGGAGCUGGUCUCAAUUAUGAAUGCUACCGUUUUGGUAUCUCCUCUUCUACAAAUGCACUGGUGAUUGGCGCCACUGUGAUGGAGGGCUUCUACGUGGUCUUUGACAGAGCUCGGAAGAGAAUGGGCUUCGCAGUGAGUCCCUGUGCAGAGAUUGCUGGUACCACAGUGUCUGAGAUCUCUGGGCCCUUCUCCACGGAAGACAUAGCCAGCAAUUGUGUUCCAGCACACGCUCUGAAUGAGCCCAUCUUGUGGAUGGUGUCCUAUGCCCUGAUGAGUGUGUGCGGAGCCAUCCUCCUGGUUCUUAUCCUCCUGCUGCUGCUCCCGCUGCACUGCCGACGUGGCCCCCGUGACCCUGAGGUUGUUAAUGAUGAGUCCUCACUGGUCAGACAUCGCUGGAAAUGAAGAGCCUCGUCUGAACUCCAGCUGCCUUGAACCCAGCUCUUCCCAGGAGCACAUCUCUGGUUGGCUUCUCUGUCCAUCGGUCUGGAGUCUCAGCUGUGAUCUGAAUGCCUUCCAGACUCACUGUAACUCCAUUACUCUUGAUUUCCAGGUUUUCAGAUCUUUUCUACUUCGGAGGGAAACAAUAAUAAAAGCACCUUGUUGUGAACCAAAACAGUGCAUUGGGCUUCAGGAUAUGGGACUGGUUAUACCAAACUGCCCAGUGUACCACCAAAACCAAAAAUCAGCCCAAACAAACAACAGAAGAGGGCAAGUCAUGGUUAGUGACUGUCUUCUCUUCAACCUCAGGAAAAUCAGUUCAGUUGCUAGAGCUCUCUUGCCUAAAGGAAACUUUUGGUAUUGACCGUAUUAAUGGUAUUUGGUGCUAGGCUACUGCCUAGUCUAGAACAGAUGAAAAGGCUUUUAAUAUCUGAGGAGGAGAAGUAGCCUUGGGCCUGAUGAGAGUCACCAGCCUUCUACACCUGACUGCAUUGCAGGACCUUGAGUAGGUCUCAGGGCCCCCCAGACAUGACAAGCUACACUCUGAUCACACCUCACACAACCCCCUGACAGGGGAAGGUAGAGUGGAAUGGAGUGCUAAUGACAUGCGGACUCUGCUCACAGGCCGAGGUGCUUCAUGUGUCACUUGGCCAGGAUGUGUCGGUGCAGGCACCUGAUUCCACUAGUGCCCUAGCUGUCAGGGGAGGCAGACAGGUGCUGAGCUGCAGUCAUACGACAUUUUGUCACCACGCUGGUCUUCUUCACAUACGCUUACUCAGAUUUCAAGUUAAUUAAUCAUGUUUUAAUGAGGAAAACAAACUCAGUCUCUCUCUCUCUCUGCUGCCGUAAUUGUUUCUUUUCUCCAAAUCUUCUCUGGAACUAAGUUGGUAAUUACUGAUCUGGGAAUGGAGACAUGGCCAGCUGCCCAUGCUUCUGACCAGCUGUCAGGGAAGAAAGACUCGUGACUUGGCAUCAUUUCCAUUUUUCUGAGUCCUUUGAAGCCAUGCAUUUUCCUUCAUAAGACGCCUGGGGCUCAAGUGUACCAAUGCAAAGAAACCUGAAGGCACUUGGCGUGCAGAUGACCUCUGUGGUUCUCCCUUAUGGGGACAGGAAGGAAAGCCUUAGCAAUGGGGGACCAGCAGUAUAUCUACUGCCAUUUGAGGCCUUUGCCAAAGUGAGGUAGAAGCCUGUAACUCCAUGUGAACAUUUGUUUAUGAUGGGACAUAAUUGACAUGCAAAGCCAUUUUUCACACACACACACACACACACACACACACACACACAAAUGCACACAUUUCUGUGCCAAGUUCAGUGUUCAUUUUGUGCUGCUACAGGGAUGGGUUGGAUAUAAAACACUCCACCUAGAGUGCCAGGGAGCCCCCACCCCAUCAGGAGUGUUUGUGGUGUUGACAACAGACUUCAGACGUCUCAGCCAUCUGGUCUGCACACUUGGUCACCUCCACAUUGAGAAAUGCAUGGCCGUGCCAAGGACAUGCAGGAGCCAUCAGGCAUGUUGCAGUGAACGGGAAGCCUCCCCAGCAGCCAGAGGAACCUUCUGGGAGAUUCUGGUGUGAGAGGACUUGAGCUGUUGCAGAAGGAAAAACAAACAGAAGCAGGAACAGCAUUGUGCUCUCACAUGCUCACCAACGUGUCCAGCCUGUUCUGGUUGAGAACAAAUAAUCCCAAAAUGCAUUAAGGCUUAGAAAUCUCUAGAAGUGUGAUGCUGUUCACCUGUUGAUUUUUCUGUUGAUUCCUGUCUCUAGGCAGGUUUGAUGGAAGUGAACCAAGUUCUUCGGAUACUCUGCCACCCUUCCCUGUGCUGUGGGGACUACGAAUCCCUGAAACAGGACGGCUCGGUCCUCACACUCACACUAUCCAAAUCUUUGUAUUAGGUUAGGCUUCUGAAGAGCAAAAGGUUUCUGGCACACUGAGUCAGUGGGUGCCUGUGUGACAGUACAGGGUACAGACAAGCAGGGUGUUCAGGCACACGGAUUUUGUAUCAAAUGUCCCUACCUUUGCAGAUGCAACUGCAUGUGACAUUUUGGUGGUAACACUUACAUUACAAAAGCAUAGCUUAGCAAGCAGAACGAAAUAGACAGUUGUAUUUGGGACAUUUUCCUGGCACAUGCUGCCUUUUAGUCAAAACUGUGGUGACACCCACCUCCCGAGUUCUGCAAAUUGAGGCUUCACUUGGCAAACUUUCAGGAAGGUUUGCUUUGAACAGAAAUUGAAGUAGCACCCUUUUGAGGGUCUCAGUUUUGCCUUGAAUAGAAUGAGGAAAACACUGGAAGAUGGGAGCACCUCCCACCUGCACGGUGCGGCUUCAUGUUGGCUUGUCAUAAACCUGCCAGCUCUGAGGAGAAACCUGGCUUCACUUCAACUGAAACAAUUAUUUGAAAUAAGCUGAUGUUUUCUUCCUGAGGAGAUGUUUAGAAGCCUGGAGUUACCUGGGUAGUGGUGCCGCACACCAUUAGGCCCAAUACGCAGGAGGAGCUACCCCUGCAGGCAGGUCUCUGUGAGUUCUAGGCCAGCUAGAGUGAGUUCCAGGACAGCCAGUGCUAUGCAAAGAAACCCUCUCUUGAGAAACCAACCCAACCCAAAAGUCUGAAGUUAAAUUCUGUCUUCAGGUAACUAAAGAUAUAUGUUUUUAAACAAUAGCAAGAAAUAAAAAGGAUCCGUGUCCCCACAGUGAGAGCUGCUGGCGAUCUGUCUCCAGUCUCCUGGUGUGGACCUUGCAUUUUCUUUUGAGCCAGAAACAAGUGCCUGGAGUUAGAGACCAACGUGCUGCACACGGCCAUGGGUGUGCUCUUUCCAGCACAUCCCACUUCUGGUAUUCUGGGAAGAAUUUAUCUGACUGGUCCUGAAACCAGGAGGUUUGUGUUAGAGAUACAGUUGGGUCAGAAAACUGAGAGUAAAAUAAUUCCCAGAAAGCAACAGUAAGCACUUCACAGCUUGCGGAAGAGGUUUUCUAAAGCAGAUUCUCUCCUCUCAUUUAAGAGGUAGGGAGGGACUACUUGAUGAUUUAAUUAAGAAUGGGGAUUUGUUAAACUGCUCUUACCAUUUUCUUGUCUGGUUGGGAUUUGAAUUCCAGCUUCCUCCCUGGGAAUAGACAGCUACCCAGAAGUCUGUCUUGCAGGGAAGGAUAAUUGAGUUUCACAGCAUUUAUCUUUAUUAGUAGAAACCAAAUAGCUGGAUGGCAUCCCAGCAUGUUUUCUUUUGCAUGAAGUUACUAGAAUUGAUUAUUGGCACACCCACAGGGGGAAAAAAUCAUCACUAUUUUCUAAGGCAAAACAACGGAAUAGCACACAAUACAAAACUGUAUAUUUUACUGCCAGAAAAAAAGCCCACAUAUGUGAUUAUGUUCCUCUCCAGUAAGUUUUAAGAAUUACAGAACUGAGUUUGUGGCAAUUUAUCAAUUAGAGAGAAAAGCUGAGGUUUUUUUUGGGAGGGGGCAUUUAAGAGAGUCCUAAUGUGAUUAGAAUAAGCUCACAGAAUAAACAGGAUUAACACUUCAGGAAAAUGUUCUUCUAUCUGGGCAUUAGCUUUCUUUUAACUUCAAAUUUCCCCACUGUGUUGAUUUUACCUUACAGAACUUUAUCCCCCACCCCACCCCCAGUCUUAGGAAUGUCCAGACAUUGAAGUCAACCUUGACAGAGAAUAUGUGAGAGGGCAGUAGCCUGCAUGUUCCCUGAGCCAAACACAGAUUGGUCAAUUCAUCAGCAAAGUCAGAGAUUCCUGGGAGCUGAUAAAGUCUAGACUUUUAGAGGAGGACAAGGGCUGAAGGAGUCAGGAGAGAGGUACACCCCCCCAGACAGGGUGGGCAACCCACUUCACUCCAGUUUUCAGAGCGCCCUAUGUGUCAGGAAUUUCCAAAGGCAACCCCUCAAGCUGAUCAUCGGCCACGAGCAGACAGUCAGCAUAGGGCAGUUUAUUUUGUUUAGAGGAUGGCUACUCUAGUAAGAGCAGAGUGCCUGAGGUAGGAGCAGAGCCAGGCCUGAAGCGGAGGGGUCAAAGCUGUGUGCUGGGCAAUUCACUGGGCAAGGGAGAGUUACUCCAGCCACACUGACGUGGCCAAAUUCCUUUUGGGGACUGUCUACUCAGAAAGGGACCCUGACAACUGAAGCUGGGCAGUCUCGUGAUAAUCAGCCUUGUUGGACCGCCCACCCACUCUGAAAGCCAUGACCAUAUUCCUCCAGGGAUGGCUUCCAUCAGAGACAUAUCCUGAAAGAAGAGUUUGGGUGGGCAGAGCUUCCUUCCUGCUACUGUCAUCCUCGAAUCUGUGCCCUGUCUACCUGGGAAAGAAAACACUCACAGAGUCCCACAUUGCCAGGGUGAGUACUGCUGAAUGAAGAAUGCCAUGUAAGGAGAGAACUUAGUAAUUUCCUUCUGAGAUGAAGACAGACAGACAUAGCUUCCCCACCCUUUCCCCCUUUGCUGCAGUAUCACACAGUCUCACCAGAGAGGGACUCAGUUCAAACUCACAGAGUAUGUGGGGUUCUUACAUGCUAGUGAAAACUGAAGUUUUAGAGUGUAAAAAGGCUGUGUUUCCUUUUGCCUCCAUUCAACUGCAUAGUUGAGUAUCCUUAAGGUUUAAGAUGCUCUCUGGGCAUGGAAAGGGCCACUACAUCCCCUGCUUCUCUGGCAUGCAAGGUUUGGGUUCUGGUGGGAGAACUAUAAGCCAUGCUCCAGGUAUGGUGGCACUUGCCUUUAAUCCCAACACAGGAGGCAGAGGCAGGUAGGUAUCCAGGAUGCCUGGUGUAGAUAGUGAGGUUCACGCCACCCAAAUUACAUGGUAAGACUUUGCAAAUAAAUAAAUAAAUAAAUAAAUAAAUAAAUAAAUAAAUAAGUGAUCCGAGCCUCCUUCUACCGAAUUCUGGAAAAGGCAGAAAGUAGUACUUUGUAAAAUGUAUUUUGUGUAGCUCUCAUUUAUUCAUAUUUUCAUACAUGGUUCUUGAGUGUAAAUUGUAUUUCUGAAGAUGCUUCUAACUGGUUAAUGUUUUCUUUGGGAAUCUUCCUCCAUUUCUGGGACACUGAACUAAUUUCAAAUCAACAUACGAUUAGAAUAUACAUACCAGGCCCUCCACCCUGGAGUUUUCUAGAAUAAUAUUAUUUUUGUACUUGUCCAUCCUGCUAAGAUGUAUACCACUGAAAGGGGGUGAGAUGUCUGAUUCAGUCUGAAUAAAUAACACUUCCUGCU